AUGGCAGCCAUGAUAGACACAUCAAUAUUCCACCGACGAAUAUCGACGUUUAGAUUAAAUAACUCCAACUACCUGCACAAUUGUAAUCUCGUUUGUUGCCGAUAUCGGGGUUUCUAUGGGAAACCCAGUCUUUUGCAAAACUAUACGACAUCCUUCCAUUGGCACAAUAGAAACUUGAAGCAUCGAGGUUUCCUAUUGAACAAUCACCGGGACUGGAAGUUUGCCAAAAUCUAUGCCAACAGUCCUCGGGAACACGACACCGACUCGACCGAUAAAGCUGAAACAAGUGGGACCGAAAGCCCCAAAAAACAGGGCACUGGUUCAGGUUCGGGCCGGAGGGAAAAGCAGGGGAAGGACAACUGGUGGAACAAUAGUAGUAGUAAAUGGAGGUGGCAACCAAUUGUUCAAGCCCAAGAGAUGGGUGUCUUACUCAUACAAUUAGGGAUUGUGAUGUUUGUGAUGAGAUUACUUAGGCCUGGGAUUCCGCUUCCGGGCUCGGAGCCGAGGACACCUACCACAUUUGUCAGUGUUCCUUAUAGUGAGUUUUUGAGUAAGAUCAAUAGUAAUCAAGUGCAGAAAGUGGAGGUUGAUGGUGUGCACAUUAUGUUUAAAUUGAGGAGUGAGGCUAGGAUCCUGGAGAGUGUUUCUGGUGAGGUCAGUAGUAAGUUGCUGGAAUCAGAUUCUCUGUUGAGGAGUGUGCCCCCCACUAAGAGAGUAGUAUACACCACAACCAGGCCAAUUGAUUUCAGGACACCAUAUGAAAAGAUGUUAGAGAAUGAUGUUGAGUUUGGGUCUCCGGAUAAGCGGUCAGGAGGGUUCUUGAAUUCUGCAUUGAUAACUUUAUUCUAUGUUGCGGUGCUAGCUGGUCUUCUUCAUCGUUUCCCUCUGAGUUUCUCUCUGAAUACAACAGGACAGCUUAGGAACCGCAAGUCUGGAAAAUCUGGAAAACCUACAGUUCCCGAACAAGGGGAAAAUAUUACCUUUGAUGAUGUUGCUGGAGUUGAUGAGGCUAAGGAAGAGCUGGAAGAUAUUGUGGAAUUUCUGAGGAACCCAGAUAGAUAUGUAAAACUUGGUGCACGCCCUCCGAGAGGUGUUUUAUUGGUGGGGCUCCCAGGAACAGGUAAGACAUUGUUAGCCAAAGCCGUUGCUGGUGAGGCUGAUGUUCCUUUCAUUAGCUGUACUGCUAGUGAAUUUGUAGAACUGUAUGUUGGUAUGGGUGCAUCUCGUGUUAGAGACCUUUUUGCACGGGCAAAGAAGGAGGCUCCCUCCAUCAUAUUCAUAGACGAGAUAGAUGCUGUGGCCAAGAGCCGCGAUGGUAAGUUACGUGUCGUGAGUAAUGAUGAGCGGGAACAGACCUUGAAUCAGCUUCUCACUGAAAUGGAUGGAUUUGAUAGUAAUUCAGCUGUGAUAGUCCUUGGCGCAACUAAUAGAGCAGAUGUUUUAGAUCCCGCCCUCCGUCGACCGGGUAGAUUUGACCGAGUUGUCAUGGUUGAAACUCCUGAUCGUAUUGGGAGAGGAGCCAUUUUAGAUGUACACGUGUCCAAGAAAGAACUUCCUCUAGGCAAGGAUGUUGACCUCGGUGAUAUUGCCUCAAUGACGACAGGCUUUACUGGGGCAGAUCUUGCAAAUUUGGUAAAUGAAGCCGCCUUAUUGGCUGGACGGAAUAAUAAAUCUGUGGUGGAGAAAAUCGAUUUCAUUGAAGCCGUGGAGCGGUCAAUAGCGGGUAUUGAAAAGAAGACGGCCAAGUUACAGGGUAGUGAGAAAGCUGUUGUUGCACGACAUGAAGCUGGUCAUGCAGUUGUGGGAACUGCAGUUGCAAAUCUUCUUUCUGGACAACCUCGGGUUGAGAAGCUGAGCAUAUUGCCGAGAUCCGGAGGAGCUCUUGGAUUUACUUAUACGCCCCCGACCAACGAAGAUAGGUAUUUGCUCUUCGUGGAUGAGCUUCGAGGGCGUCUUGUCACGCUUCUCGGUGGCCGAGCAGCUGAAGAGUUUAUAUAUUCGGGACGUGUAUCGACGGGUGCUCUUGACGACAUAAGACGAGCAACAGAUAUGGCUUACAAAGCUGUGGCAGAAUAUGCCGUCUUGGAGGGUCUCGGGGCCCACUUGGAAGAAAGAGAGAAAGUAGAAGGGGAAGAGCUUCAAGAAUGGCUGAAAUCGGUGGUUGCCCCAGCCGAGCUCUCUUUUUUCAUCAGUGGAAAGAAAAGUUCUCUUCUCCCUCUGCAGUCCGGAACUUGA